AUGAAACGAGAUGUUACUGAGGUACUAAUCACCAACGGCUCCGAUAUCCCAGGAUCACACCCUGGGCGAAGAUUUUCCCCUCAGGAGAAACGAACGCUGAUGGAAGUAGAGGGAGAGAGAGAGAGAGAGAGGGAGGGAUCGCAAGGAUUUCGCUGCAGCAGAGAGCGAGCCGUAUCUAUCAGCUUCAACAGGCCACUACAAACCCCAACUGAAGUGAAGUGUGAUGGUGGAGCCCAUGACAUUGCCCCUGGUGAGUGUGACAGUGGAACCUGUGGAGUUGCUCCCAGUGAGUGUGAUGGUGGAACCCGUGGCAUUGCUCCUGGUGAGUGUGUCAAUGGAACCUGUGGAAUUGAUCCCACUGAGUGUGACAGUGGAACCCAUGACAUUGCUCACACUGAGCGUGAUACUGCACCUGUGUCAAAUGCUCCCAGGGAAUUUGAUGGCACACCCAUGGCCUUGCUUCUAGGAGAUCUGAUGGCAGAGAUCGAGGAUGGAGCGGAGGGCAACUGCGUUGAGCUGUACCUGAGGGCCCUGAUCUCGGCGGUUUCCGACAACGAUGAGACAGUGCGGAAGCAGGUGGAGUGGUCGCUGCGAAAGCUGGGUUGCCAGCGGCCACGGCAGCUCCUGAGGUAUUGCUGCACCUGGCUGUUGGCUGGGCAGGGUCAGCGGGUAUUGGACAGCGGGCUCCGAACCUCAGUCCUGCGGGGAGCAGGGCUGAUCGCCAGCGAGGGGGCAGAGCGGGCGGGGACGCCCCUGGCCCAGGAGGUCAUGGCGGUGGCCGUGGCAGAGCUGAGGCCCUCCGUCCGCCGGAGGCCUCAGGAGGCAGAGAGUGCGGCCGGAGAACUGCUGGCCUCCCUUGGCAGGGCCUACCCUGCUGAAGCCCUGGGCCUGGUGCUGGGCUCGCUGGUGACAGACGGCCCCCCUCGCCUCUCCCUCCUCAAGGCACUGGCCUCCCUGGUGAGGACCAAUGCCCGGGGGUGCACCCCAGGACUCCCACCGAUCCUUGGGGCGCUGCUUCGGGCCCUCGAUCUGGAGAAGGAUGGCGACCAGGUCCAGGCUCUCAUCUCCACCAUCGGCCUCCUCCACAGGAGCGUGACGGAGUACCUCGGGAGUCCCGGGGGACAGACCUCAGAGCCGGGCCUGGGCCGGGAGGCCUUCUCAGGACACGCCCGCACCUUCUACAGGGACCACCUCUCCAGGAGGCUGCCAGGGAAGGACCCCAACCUCAGGGCAGCCGUUCUAGAGGCCCUGGCGGACACGCUGCCCCUGCUGCCCCUGAACCAGGGGCUAGCGGAGGAGCUGCCUGGCCUGGUGACCCGGCUCCUCUCCCUCUACAGCAGGCCGCCCAGGGGGUCCCUGGUCACCCGUUGCCUGCUCUCGGCCCUGGGGCCCGCUGGGGGGGGCUCCUGCCCAGGCCUGAGGGCUCAGGCCCACCAGCUGAUGGAGGCGGUGUGGGGGCAGCUGGGAGUGGUCGGCCCCUUCCCAGAUGAGCCGGGGCACAGGGCCCUCCUCCUGGACUGCCUGGGCCUGAUGGCCCGACUCUGGCCUCAGCCCGCAGCCCGGUUCCUCCUCCGCCUCCCCCCACCCCCCACAGCCCCGUCACCGGGCGGGCAAGGUGCACGCCUGAGGCCUGAGGCCUACCUGGAAGCCUUGGCCCAGCUGGUGGAUGGAGUCCCCCUGUCGGAGGUGGAAGCUGAGGGAGGCGGAGGAGGAGGAGGAGGCCAGGUCCUGGCUGUGGUGGUGCAGACCAUCCUCACAUGCCACCCCUACCCUGCCCCUGGCGCGGGUCCUGGCUUGGAGGGGGCCGCGCUGGCGGCCGUGGGCAGCUUGGCCCGGCGGGGUUACCUGAGCCUUCCCGGAGGGGAGGCCCUGGUGGAGUUUGUGGUGAGCCUGUGCGCCAGGCCUGGAGAGGAGGUGAGGAGUUGGGGGGCUGCCGAGGGGCGCGAUGUUCCGGGCAGGGCUGGGGCUGGCCCCCUGUUGGAGUGGCUGGCCUUGGUGGAGGGCUCGGAGAACAUCCUGUGGGAGACGCUGCUCCGGUGUGUCCUGGUUGACGCCUACGCCCAGGCCUUGCCAGCUGUGUGUCGCUGCCUGGAGAGGUUGGCUCUCAGGGAACCCGGGAGACCUGGCCUCAGGGAUGGGGCCCAGCACGGCCUCCCCUCGCCUGAGGGCCUCCUCAUCAGGCUCCUCGCCGUCUCCUCCCUCCCAGGAGGCUGUGCCCCAGACGCCCUGAGGCUCCUCCUGGCCCUGGGCCCCAGCCUCCCCACGGCCGCACGGGGAGUGUGCCAGGCCGAGAUACCCGGGAUCCUCCUGGUGCUGCCGGGGGCCUGGGCUGGAGGCCGGGGAAGGGGUCGGUGCCGCUGGGAGGAGAGGGUGUGGUUACUUUUCCUGUCUGCCAGCGGCAACGACGAGGCCUGGGCCGAGCGGAUGGGCCAGGAGGCCAUGAGGCAGGCGGGCCGAAUGGCGUGCGGGCCCUGGGAGAGGGGCUUCCUGCUCCGCGGGGCCGGUGGGCUGCUGAAGCAAACUGGGAGCCGGGAGCUGGUGAGGGCCCGGCUGCAGGAGAUGCUGGGGGCGGUCCGAUACCAACGGGCCCCAGAGGUGGAGGGCCUGGCCCGUGGGAUCGGGCUGUGCGCUGCCCGGCACACGGACGAGGCACUGGAGGAGCUGGCACGCUUUGCCGGGAGCCUUCUGGGUCAGGGCAGCGGGGGGAGGGGCCGGGAGGAGGAGGCAGUCAGGAGCGGGAUCAUCCUGUGCUAUGGGUGGGUGGCGCAGGGGGCUCCAGUUCAGCGCCUCCUGCCGGGCCUGGACGCUGAGCUGCUAAGACCUCUCCUCCUCCUGUACCAGGCGGGGGAGCCCCCAGGCUUGGGGGGCAAGGCCCAAGGCCUGGGCACAGGGCUGAGACUGGCCAGGGCCCUGGUCUGGGUUUUGCACCUCGCCCUGGGCAAUGGGCAGCAGGUCUGCAGUCCUUGCCCCUCCAAGGGGGAGCUGCUUUGCUGCCUGCAGGAGCUGCUGGGGGCCCAACCCCUGGGGGGUUGCGCGAGCAGCCCCCUCCGACGUCACGCCCUGAAAGCCUGCAGCCUCCUCAUCCAACUGGACCCUGCACUAGGCCGGGACAGCACUUUCCAGCUGGUGAGGAGGUGCGUGGGCAGCGUCAUUGGACUUAGGCUCUCGGAGUGGCCUGCAGGGUCGGAGGAGGAGGGGUGGGAGGAAGACGAGGGCGAGGAAGAGGAAGAGGAGGAGUGCGAGGCCCUACUCCCUGACCUGACAGGCCAGACAUUCCGCGCCCUGCGAGGCCUAUUGGAGCAGGCCCUGCUCCAAGACCUAACGUGGGAGGGACUCGGGUUACUGCUCCGGGCCCUGGAAGGUUGGACGUUGUCGGUGGAGGCCCGGGAACGGGAGAGGUCUCUGGAGCUGAUGGCUAAGCUGCUGGCUCUCUACCGGGAGAGGGCUGGCUGUCAGGUAAGGGAUGGAUGUCCCACUGGAUACAGGCCCGAGGCCCUGCUUGGCCGGCUGCUACCCAGGUGCCUGGACCCUUCGGGCCCAGUCCGCCUCCAGGCCCUGGAUUGCCUGCUGGAACUCUCCCACCUCCUUGGGCCAGGCCCAAUGGUAGCCAUCAGCCUGCAGAGGCUGGGGGAGCUCUGGGAGAAGGCAGGAGGGCCCAGCCGCCUGGGCCUGUGUUCGGAGCUGGCCAAGUCACUCUGCCAGGCCGUGCAAGGCCUGGGACUGAGCCCCCUACUGGCUGCCCUGUGCCAGGGCCUGAGGGACCCCCAUCCAGAGGGAGCGGGGGCCUGUGCAGCGGUGCUCCACGCCAUCGUCUGCGAACGGGGCCCAGAGCUGAGGGAAAAGGGAGACCCUGGACUGACGCUGCUGCUGAGGGAACUGUGGGCCCAUCUUCGGGAGAGCAGACACCUCCACAUCCAGCUGGUGGCCCUUCGCAGCCUGGCCCUGCUAGCUCGCUACCACCCAGAGCCUGCCCUCCACUUCCUCCUGGAUUGCAGCCACGAGCCCAGGCCGGGGGAGGGCCGAAGGCUCUGGGCUGCCAUGGGCUGGUGUCCCGGCCUGGCCCUCCGUCUGACAGAGCUGCUCCUGGAGAGGCUGAGAACCGGUCUGGCCCAGGAGGAGGCAGAGGAGGUCCAGGAGGAGGAGAGGAAGAGGAGGAAGGAGGCUGAGGCACUGGGCCAUCUCCUGCCCCACCCAGGCCUGGGCCCUUCCCUGCCCACCAUAUACCCCAGUUCCUUCGCCAUCCUGCUCCUGCUCUGCUCCCGCCAGGCCCUGGGCCUAGCCUUGGGCAAGGCAUCACCAUCCGAGAGGGCGGUGUCUCUGCUCAGGGUCCUGCUGACCCGAGGGGACAGGCCUGAGGUGGCCUCCUUGAUGGAGGAGAGGGGAGGCUGGGAGCUGCUGAGGUCCCCAGGUUCCUACCAGCGAGGGAUCUCGCUGCUGGCCGAAGCAAUGGCCCGAGGGGCCAGUCCGCACCUGCCUGCCAUCCUCGAGAGCCUCUCGUCGGCACUGGAUGCCUGCAGAAGGGUAGGGGUGGGCCCGGGGAGGGGCGGGUCGCCCACCAUGGCCACGGUGGCUGCCUUUUUCAGCCAGGCCGCCCAGUACCAUCCCGCACUAGGCCUGGGACAUGCCGACCUCCUGCUGAGUGGCCUCCUCCACUGCCUGCUCGACCCCUCGCUCUCCACCCGCCUCCUGGUCCUGAGGGGCUUCGGUAAUGUGGCAGCCGCCCCCUCCCCUACCCCCGGGGAGACGGUGGGGCCCACCCGGAGACGCCGUUACACCACCAAGCUCCUGGCCGCUCUGCUGUCUGGCAUGGAGGGGGCAGGCGAGGCUGGGCAAGGGCGAGAGGAGGAGGCCCAGGUGUUGCUGGAGGGCCUGAGGGCCUUGUCCAAGGUCUUGGCUCAAUCGGAAGGCGAUGGAGAGGGCCAGGGGACCCCUGGGGACAUCCUGGUCAACCUGUGCCUGGGGAUCCGACCUCUCUUCGAGGCCCAGUCAGCAACGGUGCGUGCGUCUGCCCUGUGCGUCUUUGGGGCCCUGUCUCGUUUCGCUGUCGGGUCCCGGAGGCCGGUUUACGUGGAGCAGCUCCGUUCCGUCCUGGUGGCCCUCCUGGUCUACGUCAAUGAUAGCAGCCUGGAGGUGGCACAGGCCUCGGGCCUGCUCCUGGCCUCGGUGAGGCCUCUCCUGGGCUGGGACGGCCUUCAGAUGGAGUUGCCGCUGAAGGACGGCGCUCACGGAUACCAGGCCUUCCUGAGCCAGCUGAGCCGGUCCGGCCUACACCAGGGGCCUGGCUACACCAAGACCUACCUCAGCAGUGGGCUGCGUUUCUGUAGCCACCCGCGCCCACAGCUCCGCGCUAAUGCCAUCGCCAUCACCGGGCAGCUGCUGAGGAACAUGCCCAAGGACAGCAGGCACCCCCUGGGGGACGAUGAGCAGCUCGUCCACAGGACCAUCACCUCGAUGAUCAGGGAUCCAGCCCCCAUGGUCCGACUUCAGGCAGCUAGAACCAUCAGCCUCUUCUUCUCCUAG